GUGCUGUGAGCGGUGGACGCAAGGUGGGAAAAUUCAUUCUCUCGUGUGUCUGCUAACCUGUAACAUAAACAUGAUUAUCAGGAAAAGUUUGUAGCUUUACAGAGAGUAUAACAUACAGACACUCUUCAGCCUUCAUUCAUCUCCAUCACCAAAAGAUUAUUUACAGAGGAGCAGGCCUCAGCAUCCCUGCGUGUGGAAGCUGAAAGCCCCUGGAUGAGCACAGAAUACAAACCAAGACUGUGAUUUUCUCUGGGAACUCGCAGCUCACCUGUUGUGCAGCAUGAAGAUUGCUGUAGAAGGCUGUUGCCAUGGGGAGCUGGACAAGAUCUACGAGACAAUCGCAUACCUGGAGAAAAAGGAAGGGGUGAAAGUGGACCUGCUGCUUUGCUGUGGAGACUUCCAAGCCGUGCGGAAUGAAGGAGACAUGAAGUGCAUGGCGGUACCAGCCAAGUACAGAUCGAUGCAGACCUUUUACAAAUACUAUUCUGGAGAGAAGAGGGCUCCAGUCCUGACAAUCUUCAUUGGAGGCAACCAUGAGGCUUCCAACCACCUGCAGGAGCUGCCUUAUGGAGGCUGGGUGGCGCCAAACAUUUAUUAUCUGGGUUAUGCUGGUGUUAUUCGCUACAAAGGCAUUCGAAUCGGUGGCUUGUCUGGAAUCUUCAAAUCACGUGACUACAGAAAGGGUCACCAUGAAUUCCCUCCAUACAAUCCUGACACGCUUCGAAGUGUAUACCACAUCCGAAAUGUUGAGGUAUUCAAAUUAAAACAGAUCCAGAUGCCCAUAGACAUUUUCAUGAGCCACGACUGGCCUCGUGGAAUCUACUACUAUGGGAGUACGGGGGAGCUGUUGCGAAAGAAGAAAUUUCUGCGUCAGGAAGUGGAGUCCAACACUCUGGGAAGUCCUGCUGCUGAGGAGCUGCUAGCUCACCUCCAGCCCAGCUACUGGUUCUCUGCACAUCUUCAUGUGAAAUUUGCUGCCGUUAUGCAGCAUCCGCCUAAAGGUAACGCCCCCCCACGUGUAACAAAGUUCCUGUCCCUGGAUAAAUGUCUGCCCUACAGGGAAUUCUUACAGAUUGUGGAUGUUCCAGAGAGACCGGGUUCAUCUGAGGGUCUGGAGUAUGAUCCAGAGUGGCUUGCGAUCCUGAAGGCCACCAACAGUCUUCAAAGGACCACCCCACACCCCUGGAACCCCCCAGAGAACAAUGGCCUGCACGAGCGGUGGGACUUUAGAGCUUCAGAAGCAGCUAUGAUGGAGGUGGUGGAGGAUUUCAACGGUGAACUCACCAUUCCAGACAACUUUAGCCAGACUGUGCCACCCUACGAGCCCAACAAGCCCCAGCCCCAUGCCAGCCCCAGCUGCAACACCAACCCUCAGACCACAGAGCUCUGUGCCACGCUAGGCCUCACAGACAUCUACGCCCAGGCUGGGCCGGGAGGAGAUGACCUGGGGAGAGUUCAGGGCAGUAUCGGAGGGGAGGAGGAUGAUGAUGAAGAUAGACACAGUGUGGGGAGUGUGGACGAGCCCAGCGAGUACCCGAGCGACACUUCUGGAUUGUCGAGCUCAUUGAAUCCCGACGAAAUUACGAUAGAGGAUGAGUGGGAAGAAGAGGAGGGAGAGAAGGGAAAGGAGGAGGUUGAAGGGAGGUCGAACGCAGCAGUAAAGGGAGAUGAGCUCUCUAAUGCACCUGUAGGUGAGUUUAACACCCCCAGCCGGAUGGUGCUGCCCGAGCCCAAAUCUGAGGCCUCGCCCACUCGUCUGUCCAACAUAAUGAACCUGCCGCCCCCCUUCCACUCCACCCCUGCAGUAGCCCGGCCUCAGCCUGGAGCAGAAGGGGAAGGACAGUGCGAGGGCGACGAUGAGGAUGCCACAGCUGUACGUAUGCUAAAACGUACCAGCAACGAAACCCAGGAUCCUGGCAGCAGAGGCACAACCCCCAGAAUCAAACGCAGGAACCAGGUUAUCUAUACAGCAGCGGACGAUGACGAGGGUGAGGAUUAGAGGUCAGGGUGAGAGAAAGCAAAAGGCAAGGACCCAUGAGUGUAAGUCUCCAUCAGUUUAUCAGUUCUGUUCAUGUUCAGUAUAGAAUCCAAAAUCAGAAGAAAAACACGAACAAAUUCAUUUUUUGUACUUUAGAUUUUACACUCAGGUCAAAAAGAGGAAACGAACAAGCUUUGAUUUUUAUCUUAAAAUUUAAAUAUUUUGUCUGUAUGCGUGUACUGGGACGGGAAUGGGAAUGUUUUUAAGAUUUUUCAAUAUCAAAAUGAUUCAGUGAUAGUUGUCAGCAAAAUUUAAAAGUUAUAGUUAAUUGGGCAAAUUUUAUUUUCCUAAAUGUAAACAAAUCACCGCUCACUGAAUCCACAUUAUACAUUAUUAUACAUUAUACUGCUAUUUCUUGUUCAUCUGACUUGUAACGUGACAUUUUCCAAAAGACUUGCUGAUGGUCAUAUUAAUUUCAUGAGAUCAGGUUGACCCCAUCGCAGUGUAUUUGCUGCAAAGUGAGUGAUCAAGUAUAACACAUGUAGAGGUCAGUAACUUCCUGGUCGCACAAAUCUAACAAAUCAACUACAAAAUUUCAUUUCUUUUUUUUUCUUGCAAAAUUAAGUUUUUUGUACUUUUGAUUUUAUGCUCAAAUCAAACGUAAGAAAAAGUAUUAAUUUUGUGUUGGAUUGAUAAAUGAAUAACGACAUAAGGAAUCAUUUUUUCAUUUUCUGAUUUUGGACUCCCAAUUGAACAUGAAAAAAAGGAAUGAUACAGGGAUUGUAGUGAUGUACAGAUUUACUGUCUGCCUUUUCUACAGCUACUGACAUGAGCUGUACAAAGCAGAAAUACAGCUUUAUUAAAAUGUCCUAAAAGCAGACUGUACAUGACAAAAGAGCUUUCUGGAUUUAGUUUGUACAGAAAGGUGGUUAUAGCGAUGUUGUCUCUUUGUUAAAAUAUGAUUUUUAUAUAUAUAUAUUUUAAUCUUACCGACAUAGAAUUUUAGGAAACAUUUCUGUUUUUUUAUACAUGUCAUUUCAAGACAACAGCAAUGAUUAAAGAGGCUGGAAAAUUAAAA